UCGAAUGCAGCAGUAGUGGAGACCGGGAAUAUGUAACCGGCCUUUUUUACGACCUCUCGGUUGUGAUCUCGUCUAUACAUCAUAGACUACCUGACUAUUUUCCCAUCCUUGAUCUGUGUGCGCUAUGAACGGGAUAUGGAUAUUUUGCGCCGUGUUUUAGCCUACGCACAGGCCUAGUUGAUUCGUAACGAAACGCCAAGGCCUGAAGUCCCUUUAUUGGUGAUCGUUUCUACUUGUGUCUACGGACCGGAUCCCUCAUACAAUGAUGGCCACUGAAGAUAUUUCCCCGUAGAGAAUGGGCCUGUAACGAACGGAUAUUUUGGAUGCAAGGACCGGACAUUCUCCUAUAAGGAGAAGGCCAAAGAUAACGGAAAGAUGAAGAUCUGGAGUACAGAACAUGUUUUCAGCUACCCGUGGGAGACAGUGAUAAAGGCAGCGAUGAGGAAGUACCCUAACCCCAUGAACCCUAAUGUGGUGGGAGUGGAUGUGUUGGACAGGAACCUGGACACUGACGGACGGCUCCACAGCCACAGACUCCUCAGCACCGAGUGGGGCCUGCCCGGCAUCGUACGAGCGAUCUUGGGGACCAGUCAUACCCAGACCUACGUCAAGGAGCACUCCAUCGUGGAUCCGGAGGAGAAAAAGAUGGAGCUUUAUUCAACAAAUAUAACUCUAACCAAUCUGGUGUCAGUGGAUGAAAGACUGGUUUACAGACCUCACCCAGACAACCCAGAGGUUACUGUUCUGACCCAGGAGGCCAUCAUCACAGUAAAAGGAGUCAGUUUGAGCAGCUACCUGGAGGGAAUGAUGGCCCUCAGGAUGUCAGCUAACGCCAGAAAGGGUUGGGAGGCUAUUGAGUGGAUCAUUCAGAACUCUGAAAGGGAGAACGUCCCUCUAUGUGACCUGUACUAACUCUGGAAGGGCCAAUCAGAGGGCUGUAGAGGGUAGAAUACAUGAUCAGGGACUAUAUCGUCCUACACCAAGCAGCCAGCCCAGCCAUACCUCCCACAUGGCAGCUGGGCAUCACAACCCGCCCUGGUGCCCAGGCUUCAUAGGGGCCAUCACAACCCGCCCUGGUGCCCAGGCUUCAUAAGGGGCAUCUGAACACUCCCUGGUGCCCAGGCUUCAUAAGGGGCAUCUGAACACUCCCUGGUGCCCAGGCUUCAUAAGGGGGCAUCUGAACACUCCCUGGUGCCCAGGCUUCAUAAGGGGCAUCUGAACACUCCCUGGUGCCCAGGCUUCAUAGGGGCCAUCACAACCCGCCCUGGUGCUAAGGCUUCAUAAGGGGCAUCUGAACCCUCCCUGGUGCUAAGGCUUCAUAGGGGCCAUCACAACCCUCCCUGGUGCUAAGGCUUCAUAGGGGCCAUCACAACCCUCCCUGGUGCCCAGGCUUCAUAGGGGCCAUCACAACCCUCCCUGGUGCCCAGGCUUCAUAAGGGGCCAUCUGAACCCUCCCUGGUGCCCAGGCUUCAUAAGGGGCAUCUGAACACUCCCUGGUGCCCAGGCUUCAUAAGGGGCAUCUGAACACUCCCUGGUGCCCAGGCUUCAUAAGGGGGCAUCUGAACACUCCCUGGUGCCCAGGCUUCAUAAGGGGCAUCUGAACACUCCCUGGUGCCCAGGCUUCAUAAGGGGCAUCUGAACACUCCCUGGUGCCCAGGCUUCAUAAGGGGCCAUCUGAACACUCCCUGGUGCCCAGGCUUCAUAAGGGGGCAUCUGAGCACUCCCUGGUGCCCAGGCUUCAUAAGGGGCAUCUGAACACUCCCUGGUGCCCAGGCUUCAUAAGGGGCCAUCUGAACACUCCCUGGUGCCCAGGCUUCAUAAGGGGCAUCUGAACACUCCCUGGUGCCCAGGCUUCAUAAGGGGCAUCUGAACACUCCCUGGUGCCCAGGCUUCAUAAGGGGGCAUCUGAACACUCCCUGGUGCCCAGGCUUCAUAAGGGGCAUCUGAACACUCCCUGGUGCCCAGGCUUCAUAAGGGGCAUCUGAACACUCCCUGGUGCCCAGGCUUCAUAAGGGGGCAUCUGAACCCUCUUCCUGGAACAGCCAGGAUUAUAUGUACUGCACUGGAAGCUCAUGAAUCUCAUCCAUCCCUAUGGAAUACAGUGAAGAGUUCCAGUACUGGUGUUCAUCAGGACCCCCUGAAGCUUCUCUAUUCCCAGAAAGAAUGUUGCUGGCUGUCAAGUCAACAAUCAAUUGAAACACAAGGGUUAUUAAUAUAUCAUCAUAAAGACUUUGAUCAUUGAUCCUUCCACAGAAAGAUAUCCCUACUGAGGGAUUGAGGCCAACGUUGAUGUCCAGUAGGAUAUUGAUUGGAUACAUAGGUGUAUGAUAGUUGUAUGAACGGGGGGGGCCAGUAUGAAAAAUGUAUGCACUCACUAACUGUAAGUCGCUCUGGAUAAGAGCGUCUGCUAGA